UUGGGGAGCCAGGCAGGUUUGAGGCAGGAUAGUGCGUGGAUGGUUGACCACCAUGCACGGUGAGUGUGUUAUGGCUUAUAGACUGCGGGGUCUGUGUAGAGAAGAGCAAGGCUGAGUGCAGCAAAAUCCAUUGUUCUACUGUAUAUGCCCUAAUAUCUAUGCUUUCCGCCUUCAGCAACCCCGCACUGACUGGCUUGUGAAGUGCGGUCAAAUGACCCCAAAUGACGUGCACAUUGUGGCGAUGUCCUCAUCCAGCAGUGGAUUGACAAAGAGGGCUCUAUAUCCACUCAAACAUGUACAGAAAUGGCCUUCACAAAAACGAAUCCAGGUUACAAACAACGCACACUUGGAAGGUGGGAGUGAGAAUCUUGAGCCAUGGAGAAUGAGGAGUGCUCAAGCUCUGAUAUUCAGAGUGUGCUGUCCAUCCUGGACUCCAGAUCACCAGCUACGCAGCUGUUGGUGAAGCAGGCCGGCUUGCCGCAGGAGCCGAGCGAGGGUCGCACGGCGCUCUCCUUCCAGAUCUUGGAGGAGCUGCUGCCCCGGCUCGGAGUCUAUGGCCCCGUGCUGCGCCUCCUGCGAGACAAGCUGCACGAUGACGUCUACAGCCCACAGUUCACGUGCGAUGAGUCCGACAGUCGCAGCGCGUACUCAAGGAUCCCUUACUUCAUCCUGUACAGCAGACUGCUCGCUAACAGAAACAUCGAGGCAGAAGAGAUUCAAGGACAACUGGAUCGAGUCACGGGCGAGCUUGGAGAGAAAUGCAAUGAAAUCAGAAAUCUGCAGCUUGUUGUUGAGGAUUUCGCAAAGAAGGAGGAGUGUUUGACGGCAAGGAUUACGCAACUGGAGGGCGAGUUGGCGGAAAAAGAGAAGUGCAUGCAGAGCUCACGUGCGCGCUUCGAGUCGGAGCUGGAGGAGAGCAGGGCCGACACUGGGCAGUGCCGCGAUUUCCUGCGUGAGGCCAACGGGCAGAUGCAGAGGCUGCUUGGAGAGAGACGAUCGCUUCUGCAGUACCGGGAGGGCUUCAGGAAGCUGGAAGCCGCAUUUCAAUUUCCUGCAGAAGAGAACAAUGGGAGCUCAAGCAGCGAGCAGCCGACCAGCAUCAGACAAGCUGUGCUGGCGUCUAAAAAGAACCAUCUGCUGAGUGAUAUUGAGAUGAGCCGGCAGUUGGAAAAUCAAAUAUUACCAACUCGUCACCAACUUAUGGACGAAUACGAGGAAUACCUGGACAGUCAACUGCGACAAUGGCUGACGCUGGGAACUCAAGACGUGGAAGCGCUCCCAGAAAAUUUGGACAAAGUUCUUCCUCCGUUGCCCGACGACGAUGAGGGCGCGCGCAAGCGCGGCGCGUUUCGCGGCGCGGCGGCGGAACUGAGCCUGGAGCGUGGCCUCCUGAGGCGGCACCGCGAGAGCCUGGAGCAGGAGCUGAGCCUCCUGGAGGAUUGCGCGGAGCAGGAACGACAGAAACACAUUAUGAAGCUGAGGGCAACUGACAGCGUUGGAAAUUUAAACCCAGGCGCUGGCGCGGCGGAGACCGAGUCGGGAAGCCCCGUGGAGCUGUUUGCCGACCUGCUGUGCGCCGAGGAGCGGCCGCUGAGUCGAUACGCCGGCACUGUGCUCGUGUCGCCGGAUGGAGGGCUCACCUUCCGCGAGCUGCCCCAGGCGACGCACUGUCGCUCCUGUGCUCAACGGACGCUCUUCUGCCCGCACAAACUGAUGCCCGACCACCGCGUCAUCCAGCUGCCUGAAAACUGCCGCUGCAUCAUGAUCGCUCGACCGUCCGCCCUCAUCCCUGCGGCCCGUUCGUCCGCUGGUGGUGGCGGCAAGAGCGACGGGUCUCCCACCGGUGGGUCACUGCCAGGGCAAGGCGCAAGCCUUGCCGCCGCCGUAACUGCCGCUGAUGUGGCAGCGCCCUCCGAAGAUCGACCGCCGAUAUCUGGCCUCACGCACCGCCCCUUGGAAGAUCACCAGGAUGAAUCGUUUGAGUGUAUCUGGAAGGAAUUUAAGAAAAGGCACCAAGAAAUAAGCGACCUUCCAAGAAACAUAACUUUGGAGCGCUGCUUGUUUCUGGUGGAGCAGUUUGUGGCCACUUUGCUGUGGAAUGACGACGCGGGCCGUGCCGGCGCUCCCAGUCCGUCCGUCCUGGGCUGCCUGUGGAAGUUCAUCGCUGAGCGCUACACGGACGAGCUGGAGGGAGAGGCCGCGCACCAUUUCCUCAGCGCGGUUAUGAAGCACGGCACCUCCAACAAGCUGUGCAGGGUUUUCGCGCUGGCGCUGAGCGGCGGUCUGGACGGAGCCGCCGUGCGCUACGCGAGUCUCCUCGCCGAGGCGGCGGGCUGCGUGGCGUGUGGCGGCGUCGUGGACUUCUACGAGCUUGCGUCUGCGCUCUACCCCUUCCUGCAGGAGGAGGAUUUGGACGAGCUGGUGAUGGGAUUUGUCGCGUUCAGCGAAAACUCCUUCUCCGAGCGGCUUGUGCUGGAGUUCCUGCUGCAGCGCGUCAUUGGGAACGCGGAUCCGGCCUUCGCGGAGUGGGAGUCCAGGCUUGCGGUGCAUGCUGGGAAGGGGGUGGGUCACAUGACGGUGGCGGAGCUGGCAGGUGCCCUGGAGGGCUCCCCAUUGGCCGGCGGGGAAGAGCUGUGGCGACACCUGAUGCAGCAGACGGCCGCCCGGCUGCACAGCGGGAACAUCCCCCUGCAGAACGUGGCUCAAAUCAUGACGUAUCUCUCCCUGCUGAAAGAAAUCCCGACGCUGAGAGGGAGGUUUAAGCAGGAACACCCUGGUGUCGGGGUGGAGGCGGAGAGGACGGUGGAAGGUGAAGAGGCGUCCCUGUUUUCCUUGGAACAAGACAGGGGUCAUCCUAUGACCUAUUCUCGUCUUCGGCGUAUCGGGCUUCACCUGGCCAGGCAAAGGGAAGCUAUCCAGACGUAGGAGGAUUACCGAACGAAUGGCUGAACCGAACGCACGUGCGUAAGUGUGUACGUUUUUUUGCAAAAUGUCGUUCGGUAGAAGAGAAAAUAAAUACAUUACGGAGAUGCAAAUAAUAACAACGAUCGCGUUUUCGCCUUGUAACGUGCCAGGAAGUUUGUCUGUAAACACACAUUCUAUCAAGUGAUGGAUCUGGGAAGGUGGGUGUUUACAUUUACCGUGCAGAGGAAAAUACAUAAUUUUGAUUAAUUAAUAAAGAUUUCAAGAUAUUUGAA